AAAUUUCACAGUAUAGCUGGUUAUCUUUCGUGAGUAAAUGUGCUUGGGCAUAUUGUCUAUUUAGUUUAAGUUCAGUAUCGCUUUGUUGUUUGAGAAUAGCAGUUCAAUAUGUCUUCAAUCGUGACGAGUAUUCUAAGUUCAACCGUGGGUUUGUUGUGGAACAAGGCUCGCGACUCGACUGCGGCUAAGCUGAAGGACGGCGAUAUUACAGAUGAAAAAAUUCGAGAGAUUGUCGUACGAGACUUGAACGACAUCAAGACGAAGCUCGAUGGUCUUUCACGUAAAGAUCUUCUCAGCAGCUACAAUUUCCUACAGGAAAGUGUGGAUUUCCUCAAUGUUUCUCUUCAAAAAUCAAACCUCGACCAGAAAGCUUUGACGAAUGAAACUCAAGAUGACCGAGGCGAGACAUCAACAAUGCCGAGUUGUGAUCAGUCUGGGAUCUUAAGCGAAGCUAUUGAACUUUCUCAAGCCAUGGGAAAGCUAAAAUGUAACUCAGAUGAAAAGUAUGAAUCCGCCAAAGAACGAUUCAAAAAGGCCCGUGAGAGAGCAACCGAUGCUUUCGCUACUGAAACAUUAGUUCUCAAAGAUAGGAUCUUCGCAGCGAAGCUACGAAUAGUGUCCGAGAUGCUGGAAUGUCUUGAUCGUCCCGAAAACGCAAUAAUAGGAUGUCUGUCGUUUUUGAAAAAGUUCCAUAGCUUACCUGCAAUCCAAGAGAUAUUCUCGGUGUACCUCAACGGAGGAGUAAAGUCGAUGUUGAAUAAGAGCGAACGAGUCGAGAACGUAAAAUCAGUAAUGCUGAUUAAUUACGUGUUAUUUCAAUAUGCGUCGAAAUUCAAGUUUUCAUUUGACUUUCUCUACAGCAUGCCAACAAUUGAAAUUCCUGAUCGCAGUUUUUCCCCAGUGUUAGAGUGGCGGGAAGUUGCGACAAGAAAGUCUAUGGGGAAAGAACUGACCCAACAUCCCAACGAACUGAUACUUGAUAAAGAAAUAUUUGCGUAUGUAUGUGCUGUGAACGGUCAUGGGGAUGUUAUUACUCUUCGUGAUUGGAAGUCUGACGAGAUCCAGGUUAUUUCUUCUAAGACGGCUGAAUGCAAGGUGGUUCAAUUACCAGACCCCACAGAAGAUGAAGUUCUCUCGCAAUAUAUUUUAGGACUUGCUGUUGAUAACAAUAACAAUGUUUACGUUGUUGUAUGGCUUACAACACGUACGGAAAAUGGCGAUGUGAGAAAUUUCGUGUUGCGUGUAUUAGACGAGAACUACCAUGUAAAACACGACUCAUGCACGUUGGAUUUUAUGGAGGUAAGUGUUAGUUUCGUGAGCAUCGCUAUAAACAAAAGCAAUAAUAUCAUCAUGAUCAAAAACAAAGAUCCCCACGUGUAUAUAUGUGACAACACUGGGAAGUUGCAACACAAGUUUGAACAUUACUCAAGUGUGGUACCCAGCUUGGGUACUUCCGAGCAGGAUAAAAUCAUCACAUCAUCAGGCAAUCGCAAGGCUAUGAUCACAUUCUCCGAAGAAGGAAAUCUGAAGUCGACAGUAAAACUACCAAAAGAUCACGAAAUCUACAGAAUAGCGUAUCACUAUGGCAUUCGUAAAAUAAUCGUUUUAACCUAUGUCAACGAUUCCUACUUCCUGCUGUGCUACACUGAAGCAGGCGAUCUGGAGACCUCGACGUUCUUGCGUAAGAGAAUUGACCAGGAGUAUAUCAAUAUCACGUCCCAUCCAAGUGGUCCAGUUGCUGUUGUUACGGACAAAAGCAUCACCUUUAUUUAAGGGAAAUGUCUAUAUUUGUACAUGCAGUGUGAACAAAACUUCUUCGAAAAACUGACUUGACACACUUAAGUGAUGAUUCUAAACUUAUUAACUAUAAUAUAUGCUAAUUGUAAAUUUCUGAAAUUUGUGAACGUUUGCCGAUAUAUGCCUGUAUUCUAAAAGCUCAUUCACACUCGAAGAGUGGAGGUUCAAUCUGAGCUUCCCUUGAGUGUCAAUGCUGUUUUUGAAUAGCUGGAGGGUGAGUAGUCACAUAGUAAGGUACGACACUAACCCUUCAGCUAUUCAAAAAGAGCAUUGACACUCAAGGGAAGCUCAGAUUGAACCUCCACUCUUUGAGUGUGUCUUUUAGAAUACAGGCGAGAAACUUUAUGCUUUUGCUUAACAAAUGUCAACGUUGAUUAUUAUAUACUGAAGUUUAUGCAAUUCAUCGUACAUAAAAGCAUUAAAAAUGCCCUACCUUAUCUUCGUAUUCUCGAAUGAUAGCAGCUUUGAGACGACCCAUCUCGUUGUGUUCCCCAUGGACCAAUACCUGAAAAUCAAUAAACUCAUUAUUCCCCAUCGAGGUUUUCAGUGACCGAUUACAUCAAGUACUAUCACGCUUACUUAUAUUACCUACUAAGCCUAGACUAGUUAUCUUUACAACAAUUGUGAUAUUACCUUCUUAACUGUGUUCAUCCUAACCCACCCUGUCAACUUUCCCUGUGGGAGGAGACCGGAGCACCCGGAGAAAACCCACGACUUUCGGCAGAGCGUUGAUUGACUCUUUUCACAUGGGGAAAUAUCAAGAUUUUGUUGGCAUCUCACUCGAUUCAAUAAGAGUUUAAGGAUAUUGUAGAUGGAAAUUAUCGAGUGGAAAUUGAUGUACUGUUUAAAACAGGCAGCAGGAGUUUUUUUAUCACAUAUAAAACAAAAAACACGGACUGCUAGUAUUUUAAGUAUGUAUGGCUUAUAGAAACGAACCUUGUGAUGAGUUCAUUGGCGAAG